AUGGAUGAGCACACUCCCCUCAUUGCGACCGUCUACGUAACUCGACGUCGACCAAGAUACCCCCACACGACACUCAAACGCUUCUGUUCCAUCGCCCUCGCAAGCAGUCUCAUAGCCAUUGCUAUCUGUUUCCUCCUUCCGGGCGCCAUCCUACCUCGAGGUCACGAUUCUGUUUCGUCCUACCUCCCUUGGUCCCCUCCUUAUCCUCGCUCAUGGCCGCAAAGUGCCGGUAUCACCUUUGAGCAGCUGAUUGAGCUGCUCCUGGAGACCCCCGAUGAAGAAAAAGCACGUUCGUGGAGCGAGUAUUAUACGUCGGGUCCCCACCUUGCAGGCAAGAAUUUGAGUCAAGCUUUGUGGACAAGGGAGCGAUGGGAAGAGUUCGGCGUCAAAUCAGAUAUAGUCGCCUACGACGUCUUCAUAAAUUAUCCGAGUGAUCAUCGGUUGGCCUUGUUGGAUGGGCAUAAGGUCAAGUAUGAAUGCAGCCUGGAAGAAGAUAUCCUCGACGAGGAUCCCACAACUUCGCUGAAGGAUCGCAUCCCAACAUUCCAUGGCUACUCCGCCAGUGGUAAUGUUACCGCGCCGUAUGUGUAUGCCAAUUUCGGCACAUAUCAAGACUUCGAAGACCUGCGAGCUGCAAAUGUCUCGUUGGAAGGGAAGAUUGCCCUGGUAAAAUACGGACACAUAUUCCGUGGGCUCAAGGUCAAGAGAGCCCAAGAGCUGGGACUGGUCGGGGUAGUAAUGUACUCUGACCCGCAGGAGGAUGGUGACAUUACAGAGGAGAAUGGCUACAAGACGUACCCAGAUGGGCCAGCGAGAAACCCAAGCAGCGUUCAAAGAGGCAGUGCAGGCACACUCCCGGGCGACCCAACAACGCCUGGCUAUCCCUCCAAACCAGGUGCACCUCGCGUUGAUCCACAUGGCUCCACGCCUCGCAUCCCGUCGCUGCCCAUUUCUUAUGCCGAUGCCCUCCCCCUCCUCAAAGCUUUGAACGGGCAUGGACCCAACGCAAGUUCGUUUGAUAAGUCCUGGCAUGGCGGAGGUCUUUCUUACAAGGGUGUUAACUACAACAUUGGUCCGUCACCCGACUCUGUGGUUCUCAACUUGGUGAAUGAGCAGGAAUAUGUCACAACGCCACUGUGGAAUGUCAUUGGUAUCAUCAAUGGCACAGCCAAGGAUGAGGUCAUCGUCGUUGGCAAUCAUCGAGAUGCCUGGAUCGCUGGAGGCGCAGGUGAUCCUAAUUCAGGGUCAGCAGCAUUGAAUGAAGUAAUCCGGUCUUUCGGAGAAGCACUCAAGGCUGGAUGGAAGCCACUUCGGACGAUUGUAUUUGCAAGCUGGGAUGGAGAAGAGUAUGGUCUUAUCGGCUCGACUGAAUGGGUCGAAGAAUACCUUCCGUGGCUUUCUAGCAGCACUGUCGCCUACCUCAAUGUUGAUGUGGGAGCGCGCGGAAAGCACUUUGAGGCUGCUGCCUCUCCGUUGUUGAACAAAGUCCUCUACGCUGUGACCAAUUCAGUGCCCUCGCCCAAUCAGACCACCAAAGGGCAGUCGAUUGGCGAUGUCUGGGACGGUCAUAUACGCACAAUGGGAUCUGGCAGUGACUUCACAGCCUUCCAGGACUUUGCUGGAAUCCCAUCGCUUGAUUUCGGCUUUGGGAACGGACCGGAAGACGCGGUUUACCAUUAUCACUCAAACUAUGACUCUUUCCACUGGAUGAAUGCUUAUGGGGACAAAGGAUGGCACUACCAUGUGGCCGCGGCCAAGAUAUUAGCACUGGUGACGGCGCAGUUGAGCGAGACCCCCGUCUUGUCCUUGAGCGCUGAAGACUACGCCAAAGGUCUCUCUGUCUAUUUAGACGACGUCAAGGAGAGAGCAAAGACUCACAUGGCAGGUUCGAGCUUCAGCUUCCAGGCACUCGACAAUGCCACUGCCGAAUUCCGCCACGCUGCCACAAAAUUCGACGAAUACACCGCCGGCCUGACCAAAAAGCUCGCAGAGGACGUGCCCUGGUGGGAUUGGUGGAAGAAGGUGAGGCUAUUCUACGAAGUGCGGAACGCAAAUGAGAAGUACAAGACACUGGAGCGUCAAUUUCUAUUCUCUGGCGGUUUGGAUGACAGGUCUUGGUUCAAGCAUGUUGUCUUCGCCCCUGGCCGUUGGACUGGGUAUGCGGGUGCUACCUAUCCAGGCCUUGUUGAGAGCUUUGAAGACAAGAACAUUACAAAUGCGAAGAGAUGGAGUGUGAUCAUUGAAGAGGCGCUGGGAGCGGCCGCAAAGCUCUUGGAAUAG